UUGAACGCAUGGCACCUGUUGCGUUCAAAGGGAAGCCGGGAGGCCAGUGCUGCUAGUCGCGUGAAACCGUCGCGCGCUUAGUGAACCCAAUAUCUCUAAAACGCGAAGUUACAGAGUAACAACAUCCGUCUAUCGACUCUCGCAGCUGAAACAAACAGUGCCGCGGUAGACGAGGAAACACGUAUUUAUCUAUAGUAUCUGCUUCUUUGAGAAACACAUGACUGACUGAAAUUAUUACAGUUUGGUGACUGAGAUUGGCCAACAGAAUGCGUCUGAGGCGUCGUCUCUCCCCCCUGAAGCUUACUGUUCUGGGCGGCACUGUUUUCAUGGUGAUUCUGGUGGUGCUCCAGAGGGACGUUGGCAGCGGUUCACUUCAGGACCCCUGGCUGCAAGAUCUCUCCAACAAAAAGGAAAGGGUAUUCGAGAUGGUCCGUGGGGCGGUUAACAACUUCGCCUUCCAGAUCGGUGCCCCGCAGCCCCCAUCGGUGGGAGUGCUGCCCACCCCGAACCAAAACUGCCCCUCGGGUUUCUACACUCAGGCGGAUCUCAAACCGUGGAUCGAGAGACCUCCUGAGGACACUCAAGCACCGGGAGCCAAUGGCGCAGCCUUCCAGAAAGCCAGCAUGACUGCAGAGGAGGAGAAGGAAAAGCAGGAGGGCAUGACCAGGCACUGCUUUAACCAGUUUGCCAGUGACCGAAUCUCCUUGCACCGAAGUCUUGGAGAUGACACCCGUCCACCCGAGUGUGUUGAGCGAAAGUUUCGCCGUUGCCCUUCGCUCCCCACCACGAGUGUGAUCAUUGUGUUUCACAACGAGGCAUGGUCAACACUUCUGCGCACUGUGUACAGCGUGCUGCACACCUCCCCGGCGGCUUUCCUCAAAGAAAUCAUACUAGUGGAUGAUGCCAGCACAGCAGAACACCUCCAUGAGAAGCUGGAGAAGUAUGUGAAGUCACUGAAGAUUGUGAAGGUAGUGCGUCAGCCGGAGAGGAAGGGCCUCAUCACCGCGAGGCUUCUUGGAGCCAGCAAAGCCCAGGGAGAAAUUCUAACCUUCCUAGAUGCUCACUGUGAGUGUUUCCAUGGCUGGCUCGAGCCUCUCCUUGCUCGCAUUGUUGAGGAGCCCACUGCUGUGGUGAGCCCUGAAAUCACAACCAUUGAUUUAAACUCUUUCCAGUUCCACAAGCCCGUGGCGUCGGCCCGUGCCCAUAACAGAGGCAACUUUGACUGGAGUCUCACAUUUGGCUGGGAGGCCAUUCCAGAUUACGAGAACGUUAAACGCAAAGAUGAGACGUACCCAGUAAAAACUCCAACAUUUGCUGGUGGUUUGUUCUCUAUAUCUAAGACCUAUUUUGAGAAAAUUGGGACCUACGAUGACAAAAUGGAGAUAUGGGGCGGCGAAAAUGUCGAGAUGUCUUUUAGGGUGUGGCAGUGUGGCGGACAGCUGGAGAUAAUCCCCUGCUCUGUCGUGGGUCAUGUGUUCCGCACCAAGAGUCCUCACACCUUUCCCAAAGGUACAGAGGUCAUUACACGUAACCAGGUGCGCUUGGCUGAGGUGUGGAUGGACGACUAUAAGCUGAUUUAUUAUCGACGCAGCCAAAGUGCAGCUAAAAUGGCCAAAGAUAAAACCUACGGUGACCUAUCUGACCGUUUGAAACUCAGAGAAAGCUUACAGUGCAAGAACUUUUCUUGGUACCUAACCAAUGUCUACCCAGAAGCCUUUGUCCCUGAUCUUACCCCUGUCAAGUUUGGAGCUGAGCAACUACUGAAGAAUCCAUCCUCUGGAAAGUGUCUCCAUAAGAAAGGAGACAAGAUAUUAAUGAGCCCCUGCAAUCCAGAAGACCAUCACCAGCAGUGGGCUUUCAGUUGACCUCACACUCCAAUUGAGGAGCAAGGACAUUCACUCCCAUAAGACCCACGAGGGAGGGCCAGCAGCUACAGCUCAGGCCGACAAACUCACUGCAGGCCUGAGCGGAUGCACUGGGAGUGUGUUGGAUAGUUCAUAUCCAUAAGCUCCCAAAGACAUUAUGAUCAGACUGGGGUCAGGAUGCUCAGGGAAGACAGAGUGGAGAUCAUGCACAUCAAACCACUGGAGCAUCACAGAGUGAACAAUCCAGCAGCAAGAUUGUUUACUUGAUGCAUUUUAUUGCCUUAUUGAUGAUGUUUACUGCUGCUUUUAAAUGGUGUAGGUUUUAUUUAUUUUUAAAGAAAUGGAAAAUUAAAUAUUUUUGGAACAUUGUUAGUGUUAAGGCCACUGAAUGGCCAGCCUUGCCAACGAUACAUGUGAUGUUUGUAUGAUCCCAAUCAUUUGCACAUGCUGCAGGGGAUGAGGGUUUUCUUCAGCUCUAGUAAACUGUCACAAGACAGCAUUGGUUUUAGAUCCUUCCCUUGUGUUUUUGAAGUCAUCAGUAUGUAUAAAGCAGCAUGUGACUUGAAUUGCUUGAUUGUUUCAGUGUGCUGAGGUCUUUUGUGGGAAAUCAUGCUCUAAUGAUGUAUACAUGUAAUUAUCUGUUUCGUCCUCUAUAACUCUACGUUAUUAUUCUUUAUAAAUUGAGUACAGAUUUAUUCUUCAAUAAUUGGAGAUUUCAAAUAUUUGAAAUUUUUUGAUGUAUAAAAUAAAUAUACACUCCCAGAUCAUUUGCUGGUGUUGUUUUUGAAAUCCGUCCGUCCAUCCAUCCAGACCAUAUAGAUAUGGUCACCAUAGUUUCCAUCAAAAUAACAGUUCAUGAUUUUUAGGUCUGCUGUCCUGCAGUAUUUAGCUCCAACACUGAUCAAACACACCUGCUUGUAAUAUUCAGGUAAUCCUGAAGACUUGAGUAGCUUGUUCAGGUGUGUUUUUUUGGGGUUGGAGCUAAACUCCUACAGGAGCAGAAUUAAAGAACUGGUAGCCUGCUGCACAAUGAAAUUGUGAUAACUUGAUAUUGACCACUAUUGUGAUCAGCAAAAGAAAUAAAGCAACAAAA